AUGGUCGACUCGGCUUCUACUGGUCAUGCUCGAUCAUGCUGUCGGACCAAGGUUCGGCUCGGACUAGAAGAGUAUGGCUGUUUCACAGCAGCCCAUGAUAAAAUUCCUUUGGAACUGCAUAAUACCAACUUCAGCACAUUAGAAGAGUUGUUUGACCUCCCAAAAGAAAUCAAAGUCAAGAACACCAAUCAUGUGCCUUUCCACAGCUAUCUGGGGCAGAUAAGCAGUAUUCCUCUGCAUGAAGCUUUGUGUAUCAAUGAUGCAACAAAUAUAGAAGAAAUUCGAAGUUUCACUAAUCUCAUGUGGCCGGCUGGGAACUAUCGUUUCUGUGCUCAUUUGUUCUCCAAGCUGGUAGCAGAAUUAGAUCAAAUGGUGAUCAAGAUGCUGUUUGAAAGCUAUGGUGAAGAGAAGUAUAGUGACUCUCAUAUUGGAUCGACGACUUCUCUUCUACGACCUCUGAAGUAUAGAGCACCCAAGAUGAUGGAGACUAACUUGGGGCUGAACUCUCAUAAGGACAAGUCCUUCAUGACCAUACUUCAACAAAAUCAAGUUGAUGGAUUGGAAAUAGAAACAAAGGAUGGAGAGUGGAUCUGUUUUUAG